AUGCAAGGUUAUGAGGAUAGUAACAGGAAUGAUAAGGCCUCAAAUAUAGUUCAGGAUGUAGGAAAGGUAACUUCCCUAGUUUUAGACGUAGACAUAUUUCCAGAUCUAAAACUAGAGGGAUACAUCAACAAAAUGACGAGGAGAGCAAAUGCCAUACUGGAGAACGCCUCGAUGUCCUUCAGAAACUCGGUCAAGGACCAUGACAACGGUGGCGUUGGAGACCACGACAACGGUGGUGUUGGAGACCACCACAACGGUGGCGUUGGAGACCACGACAACGGUGGCAUUGGAAACCACGACAACGGUGCCGUUGGAGACCAUGACAACGGUGGCGUUGGAGACCACGACAACGGUGGCGUUGGAGACCACGACAACGGUGCCGUUGGAGACCACGGCAACGGUGGCGUUGGAGACCACGACAACGGUGGCGUUGGAGACCACCACAGCGGUGGCGUUGUAGACCAUGACAACGGUCGCGUUGGAGACCAUACCAACGGUGACGUUGGAGACCACGACAACGGUGGCGUUGGAGACCAUGACAACGGUGACGUUGGAGACCACACCAACGGUGACGUUGGAGACCACGACAACGGUGGCGUUGGAGACCAUGACAACGGUGGCGUUGGAGACCAUGACAACGGUGGCGUUGGAGACCAUGACAACGGUGACGUUGGAGACCACCACAACGGUGGCGUUGGAGACCACCACAACGGUACCGUUGGAGACCACCGCAACGGUACCGUUGGAGACCACACCAACGGUACCGUUGGAGACCACCACAACGGUACCGUUGGAGACCACGGCAACGGUGGCGUUGGAGACCACGACAACGGUGGCGUUGGAGACCACCACAGCGGUGGCGUUGUAGACCAUGACAACGGUCGCGUUGGAGACCACACCAACGGUGACGUUGGAGACCACGACAACGGUGGCGUUGGAGACCAUGACAACGGUGACGUUGGAGACCACACCAACGGUGACGUUGGAGACCACGACAACGGUGGCGUUGGAGACCACGACAACGGUGGCGUUGGAGACCAUGACAACGGUGGCGUUGGAGACCAUGACAACGGUGGCGUUGGAGACCAUGACAACGGUGACGUUGGAGACCACUACAACAGUGGCGUUGGAGACCACCACAACGGUGGCGUUGGAGACCACCACAACGGUACCGUUGGAGACCACCGCAACGGUACCGUUGGAGACCACACCAACGGUACCGUUGGAGACCACCACAACGGUACCGUUGGAGACCACCACAACGGCAGCGUUGGAGACCACCACAACGGCAGCGUUGGAGACCACCACAACGGCAGCGUUGGAGACCACCACAACGGCAGCGUUGGAGACCACCACAACGGUACCGUUGGAGACCACCACAACGGUACCGUUGGAUACCACCACAACAGUACCGUUGGAGACCACCACAACGGUACCGUUGGAGACCACCACAACGGUACCGUUGGAGACCACCACAACGGUACCGUUGGAGACCACCACAACGGUACCGUUGGAGACCACCACAACGGUACCGUUGGAGACCAGUGA